UCUCUCUCUCUUGUGCACAGGCCGACUAGAGUAUAAAAGUACAAGCACAAAUACUUUAUAUAACAGAAGUGACGUAAGACAAGAAGCAAAGGUGGAUAAAGAGAAUAAAGUGACGAAAGAAACAGAGAAGCAGAGCACUGCAACUCUCCGGCCAGAGGAAGAACACAAAGAACAAGAAGAACAAGGAAAAACAGGAGAAGGGAAGAGGAGGAAAGAGAGGAGGAGGAGGAGGAGGAGGUAGGAGAUCAAAGAAAGAACUUGAUCUCCCUCCUCCUUCUUCCUAGCGUCAUUUACACCUAUUUUUGUUCCUCUCUUUAUUCAUUCCUUGCUGGAAUCUUUACCAUGCACUGCCCAAUGAAAUCUUAAUCUGUAUCUUUUCUUACUUCGCAUCUUUCUGUCCUUUUCUCCCUUCCCCUCCUCACCUCCUUAACCUAUAUAUAACCUCCAUCCAUCCAUCAUUCCAUCACCAUAAUCUCUUCUCUCCCUCCGUCCUUCCCUUCCUACUUCCUUCCCUUCCUUCCUCCCUCCCUCCUUUUGUCCUUCAUUCCUUCUCUACAUUUCUUCACUCCUUCUAUCUAUGACGGGUUAACUUCAGUUUCCGCCAUGCUGCUUAAUUUCCCCUCCUCCUUUUUCUCUUCCUCCUCGUUCCCCUUCUCCUUCACCUCCUCUUCCUACUCCUCUUUGUUCUUUCGCUCCACUUCACCGCUACAACUUUGGACGCUAUAAGAGGCCAAAAUGAUGCUGGCUCGCCUUACCAUGUGGGUGGCUCUCCUGCACGCCCACGCCGCCCACACCACGCACUCAACCCACACCCACAACGCCCGCGGCCGCACCUUCACCCUGGGCUACCUGACGGGCUCCGAAAGGCUGCCGGAGGACCAGGAAUACAAGCGGCCUGGUCUCCUCAUCUCGGGCGCCAUUACUCUAGCCGUGGAGGAGGUCAACAACAUGUUCCCGCUGGUGAAGGGACACCGCCUCAACUUCACUGUGGCAGAGACGUAUGGCCGGGAGGAGAAGAGCAUCCUCAACACGGCACGACUCUGGAUUUCAAACAUUUCCGCCUACAUCGGACCCCAGGAGACGUGCGUUCAUGAGGCGAGGAUGGCGUCCGCGUUCAAUCUCCCCAUGAUCUCCUAUUUCUGCACGCACCCGGAGACGUCAGACAAGACUCACUUCCCAACCUUCGCCAGAACCAGACCACCUGAUACCCAGAUUAGCAAGUCCGUUACUUCGGUGCUGAAACGCUUUAACUGGAGGAAGGUCACCUUCUUCUACAACAACUCCCCUGAUGACAACUUUGGCCGCGUGGCGCAGACGAUCGAACGCACCUUGCCUCUUCACAACAUCACAGUGACAGCCACCAAGACCUGGGCGGCCACGUACCACCACGGCUACGACAGCAACCCCUUCGUCACCAUGAUUCAAGAGACCUACAUGGACAGCAGGAUUUACGUGGUGCUGGGUCAUUAUUACGAGUUCCUGGGGCUAAUGACCAUAAUGGAGGAGAAAGGACUUUUCCGGAAAGGCGAGUACUUCGUGGUGGGCGUGACCCUCAGCCAGUACGACAAAAACAAGCCGGACAAGUACCUGCGAGACCUGCUCAACGAAGACACUAACUCCAUCGUGCAGGCAGCCUUUCAGAACUUCCUGGGCGUGGUUCCCUCCCCGGCUCCCAUGUUCGACAGCUUCGCCUCGAACGUGAACGCCUUCCUGGAGAAGCCGCCCUUCAACCACCCCAACGCCGUGCACAAGAUCGGUGGCAUGAAGAACAUCCGCGCAGAGGCCGCCUUUCUGUACGACGCGGUGCACGUGUAUGCGAGGGCCCUCAACGAGACGCUGAAGAAGGGCGGCAACCCCAAGAACGGCAGCGCCCUCGUCGCCACCAUUCUUGGCACCAGCUACAGGAGCGCCAUGGGGUAUAUGGUGCGGAUGGAUGAGAAAGGAGACGCCGAGGGUAACUACACUCUGAUUGGUCGCCAGAAGCACCACUCCACCCCGGGGGAAUACGGUCUCUACCCUGUGGGGGGCUUCCGCUACUCCGUGGGGGACUACAAGGGCCUUCCGGAGCUGCACCUCACCUCCCCCAUUCACUGGAAGACCGGCGUGCCCCCAAUCGAUGAGCCUCCGUGCGGCUACCGAGGACUCAAGUGCCAGUCUCAGACGGGGGAGAUCAUCGCAGGAGUGACGGGAGGCGUGGUUCUUCUUCUCCUCGUCGUCUCUCUCGUAGCCUACAGGAACUGGCGCUACGAGCAGGAGUUGGACAGUCUCCUGUGGAAAAUAGAUUACAAGGACAUCAAGAUCAACGACUGGACGCCAAACCACAUCCCGGCGGCUAACAAGCUUUCCAGGGGUCUGUACGCCACCGUCAGGAGUAGCCAGCUAUCUCUAAAUAGUAACCUGGACCUGGACUACCGCUACGCCAGUGUCCACACCCAGCUGGGCACGUACAAGGGGCGCGUGGUGGCCGUGAAGCAGAUCUCCAGCAAGGCAGUUGAUAUCACGCGCAGGAUUAAGAAGGAACUGAAGACGGUUCGGGAUCUACGCCACGACAACCUUCUGGGCUUCGUGGGCGCCUGCGUGGACCCCCACGUGUGCAUCAUCACCGAGUACUGUUCCCGUGGCUCUCUCAAGGAUAUCCUGGACAACGAGGACGUGAAGCUUGACAACAUGUUUAUUGCUUCCCUAAUUGGAGACAUUGUGCAGGGCAUGAUUUACCUGCACGACUCACCCGUCAAGUCCCACGGGAACCUCAAGUCGUCAAACUGCCUGGUGGACUCCCGCUGGGUGGUCAAAAUAAGCGACUUUGGCUUGCAUGAGCUGAAAUCUGGAUACGAAACAACGUCGCUGGCAGAGGCUGGGGAGACGCAGAGGAAGUGUACAGAUCUCUUGUACCGCGCCCCAGAACUCCUUAGGGACACGUCGGCCCCUCCCGGAGGAACCCAGAAGGGCGACGUGUACUCCUUCGCUAUCAUCCUGUACGAGAUCCACGUACGCCACGGACCCUGGGGCACCACGGACCAAAGUCCCCUGUCCGUGAUUCGCCUGGUGAUGGCAGGUCCCCAAGGCUCCACCUCUCCCGUCAGGCCGUCUCUGGAAGCCAUGGAGAGCUCGCUGGAUUGUGUGCGUGUGGUGUUGACAGAGUGCUGGGCUGAGGUACCCGAAGAGAGACCAGACUUCAGGAGCAUCAAGAUCAAAUUGAGACCCAUGAGGAAAGGACUAAAGCCCAACAUCUUCGACAACAUGCUGGAAAUGAUGGAAAAAUACGCCAACAACCUCGAGGCGCUGGUGGAUGAGAGGACUGACCAGCUGAUCGAGGAGAAAAAGAAAACGGAGGCGCUGCUGUACGAGAUGCUGCCGCCCUACGUGGCUGAGCAGCUCAAGCGGGGACGUAAGGUGCAGGCAGAGAGUUUCGAUUGCGUCACCAUCUACUUCAGCGACAUCGUGGGCUUCACCGAGAUGUCCGCCGAGUCCACGCCCCUGCAGGUGGUGGACUUCCUGAACGACCUGUACACCUGCUUCGACUCCAUCAUCGGCCACUACGACGUGUACAAGGUGGAGACGAUCGGAGACGCUUACAUGGUGGUAAGCGGGCUACCCAUCCGCAACGAGGAGCAGCACGCGGGCGAGGUGGCCUCCAUGUCCCUUCACCUGCUGGACGCCAUCAAGAAGUUCCAGAUCCGCCACCGACCCACUGACACCCUCAAACUGCGCAUCGGACUCCACUCAGGCCCAGUGUGUGCCGGCGUGGUGGGCCUCAAGAUGCCGCGCUACUGCCUCUUCGGCGACACUGUCAACACCGCCUCGCGCAUGGAAUCCUCGGGGCAAGCCCUCAAGAUCCACUGCUCCGUGUUGUGCCGCAACAUCCUGGCCAAGGUGGGUGGCUACAUACUGGAGGAGCGAGGCCAAGUCAAGGUGAAGGGCAAGGGCGAGAUGACCACCUACUGGCUCGUGGGUGAAGACCCGGAGUGGAAGCGGCGUCGGGAGAAAACGAGGCGCCAGCGCGGUUUUCAUCCUGCUAGGAACGGCUGUGUGGGCGGGGGAGGGGGCAGCACCAUGGGCAUAGGCGGCGGUACUGCCCGAGGCUCCCUGCGCUGUGUGCGCACGCCCGCCUCGCCGCUGCCCAACACACUCAGCCUCGAGUCCCAGAAAUUUCUGAAGUUCACCCUUUCGGACGAACUCGCGAUCCGCUGCACACACGAGGAAGCCGCCCUUGAAGCCUCGCCGCCCGCACCUGCCUCACCCGUUUCAGAAGACGGCGGCACGAUGCGCCGUCCCACCCUUGAGGCCAAGAGGAACUCCUACCCAUGUAUCAAAGAGUCCCGUGAUGGGCCGCGCCGCAGCCGUGGCCAGUCCUUGGCAGGCCCGCGAGACGACUGUCCCUUACUGGCACACGCCGACCUGGCUCCCUCGCCUGGCUCCUCUUUUGCUGGCUCCGGUGAGGAGGAGGCACUCGCCAACAGCCGCCGCACAUCCGUCAGCGAAGUGUGCGCGUCGCGGCCCCCCAGCAUGAUAGAACACGGGGGUGACGGGCCGCCCCCCACCCCUGGAGAGCCUCCGCCAGGCCCUUCCAGAUCCAACAAGCAACAGUCCGAGUCCCACGAUGCCGCCCACCUCUCCCCAUCCGCCCUCGACUUGGUGCUCGCGACGCCGCCCUGCAGCAAUGUGUGCGGGCGGACAAUUAGCGGGGGCGGUGCCCUUACCAAGCCUCGCUACACCCUGGCAACGGGAGGGGGUAGAUGGCUGCCCCAGGGUCGGCGAGGCAGCUCAACCGACGGAGACAACAUGUCAGGCGUGGCAGCGGGAAGCGAAAAUAGCGACGGAAGGACUGCCCGAUUACGUUACUGUGGACGCCAAGAGGGAAGCUCCACCGCUGAGUGCGAGGAAUCGGCACCGCUCCUGGCAGGUGUGGCCAACUACCGCAUCAUCAACGAGCUGCGGGUGCCGCGCACCCAGCCCGAGAGGGAAACGCCCGUGUGAUUCGCUCACCGCCCAACCUCGCCUCGCUUUAAUGUUACGCCCUCGACCAACCCACCAUCCUGCACCACCCUGCAAAUGAGAGGUUAAAACAGGACGGAGUGUGCAAUACCACGGAGAGAUCCUGGAGGACACGUCUGGAUGUGAUGAGACGCGUGGUGACGAAUAAUGAGAUGUUACUAGUAUGAAGUAAAGCUGGAGAACGCUCGUGCUGGUGAAGGGAAGGGAACUGAGGACUGGUCAGAAAUAAAGUUAAAAAUAAAUAAAUAACUGUGUGGGAAGACCAAAUAGAGUAAAGGUGUGGCGAAGCUAACGCCACAGGUGUGGUGGUGUUGUGAGGUGGUGUGGUGGCAUAAAGGGACGAUUACUUGGUGUAUUGAAAGGAAAAAAAAAACACUUAAAGUGUACAUGUGUGUGUGUCAAAGCAGUUAUGUGAUGGCUUUCCCAUUCACGUUUAAUUCAGUGGUAACGUAUGUACACACACACACACACACACACACACACACACACACACACACACACACACACACACACACGCACACGCACACACACACACAGCACCGUGAAUGUUGCCAAAUAUAUAAUAAUACCUCACAACGUUUCUUGUGUCACUUAAAAAGAAAAAUAUAAGUUCAACUAUUUAUAUAAAAAAAAUAUAUAAAAAAAUAAAUAAAAGCAUUGAUGAUCUA